GGCCGUGGCUGGCGGCGGGCGGCGGCGGGGCGAUGUCGGAGCCGCCGCGUAGCCCGCCGGGCUCGCUGCCCCUCAGCCGCCUGGCAGAGCCGCUGCUGCGGAGGCUGAGCGAGCUGCUGGACCGCGCGGCGCCCGGCAAGGGCUGGCGGGAGCUGGCGCAGCGCGCGGGAAGCCGCGGCCGCGUCCGGCUGAGCCCCCUGGAUUUAGAGCAGUGUUCCCUCAAAGUUCUGGAGCCAGAAGGAAGCCCAAGCUGGAGCCUCUUGAAGCUGCUGGGUGACAGAGGCUGCACAGUAGUGGAGCUGGUGGAGUUCCUGCAGGCCAUGGAACACACAGAGGCUCUCCAGUGUCUCAGCUAUUCAGGCAUCAAGAUUGUUGUACAGCCAGACUCUCAAGCAGUGCUCUGUGGCCAGGUUGUCAAGCUGUGUUGUUGGGCAACAGGACACCCAUUUGUACAUUACCAGUGGUUCAAACAGAAGAAAGAGGUUCCCCAUGGUAAUUCUCCAGAACUGGUUCUGAAUCCAGUGAAAGUGAAUGAUGCUGGCUUUUACAUCUGUCGAGUGAACAGUGAAUCUUCAUUUACAUUCAGUCGGUGGGCACGACUGGAAGUUUGUGAUCUCCAGGGUACAGCUCAUGGGGGCUUAAUUGGUUUGCCUGAAAAGAAGCUGUGCAUUUGUAUUCAGCCUCAGCCACAAAACCUGACUGUGGGAGACGCUUUGGUAUUAGAAUGUGGAGCUGUUGGAAACCCAAUUCCUCAAUACCAGUGGUUCAGAAAUGGAUUUCCCUUGGCAAAUGGAAGCAGAAAUGUCUACACGGUGUCUUGCGUGGACAUGGAACAUGGGGGAACGUACUGGUGUCACGUAUUCAAUGACCAGGAAGACCAAGACAGCAAGAAGAUAGACGUCAUUGUAGGAAGGAAAGCUAUGGCAGUGGAGUGCACAGAAGAAGAGCUAAGUGAUCUUCAGAAAACAGCAGACCUACAGGAACAGUUCAGUGACAGACCUUUUGCAACAGACAAGGUGGCUCUGUUAAUAGGAAAUAUGAGCUACUGGAAUCACCCCCAGCUCAAGGCCCCAAUGGUGGAUGUCUAUGAACUGACCAAUUUGCUAAGACAGUUGGAUUUCAAAGUUGUUUCUUUGCUGGAUCUUACUGAGUCUGAGAUGCGAAAUGCGGUGGACGAAUUUUUACUUCUACUAGACAGAGGAGUAUAUGGUUUGCUGUACUAUGCUGGCCAUGGCUAUGAAAACUAUGGGAACAGUUUCAUGGUUCCUAUUGAUGCUCCAAAUCCCUACCGAUCUGCAAACUGUCUGUGCGUGCAGAACAUCCUCAAACUAAUGCAGGAAAAAGAGACAGGACUCAAUGUGUUCCUACUGGAUAUGUGUCGGAAAAGAAAUGAAUACGAUGAUACAAUCCUCAUCCUAGAUGCUCUGAAGGUUACUGCCAACAUUGUUUUUGGAUAUGCCACGUGCCAAGGAGCAGAAGCUUUUGAAAUUCAGCAGUUGGGAUUGGCCAAUGGAAUCUUCAUGAAGUUCUUGAAGGAGCGUUUGCUGGAGGACAAGAAGAUCACAGUGCUGCUUGAUGAAGUUGCUGAAGAUAUGGGCAAGUGUCACCUCACCAAAGGCAAGCAAGCUUUGGAGAUCCGCAGCAGUUUGUCUGAGAAAAGGGCAUUAUCUGAUCCCAUUCAACAAACCAUGUCUUCUGCAGAGUCCAUGGCAAGGAACCUACAGUGGGCCAAAGCUCAUGAGCUUCCGGAAAGCAUGUAUCUUGAAUUCAAAUGCGGCGUCCAGAUUCAGCUGGGGUUUGCAGCAGAGUUCUCCAAUGUCAUGAUAAUCUACACACGAAUAGUAAAGAAGCCACCUGAGAUAGCUGUUUGCAGAGCCUGCGUUACAGACUUCCCACUUGACCUGGAUGUGGAUCCUAAAGAAGCCAACAAAGGAACUCCUGAGGAAACUGGAAGCUAUUUAGUUUCAAAGGACCUUCCCAAACACUGCCUCUACACCAGGCUAAGUUCUCUGCAAAAGCUAAAGGAACACUUGAUCUUCACUGUUUGCUUGCACUAUGAGUAUCCAGGAAUAGAAGACACAAUGGAUGAAAGAAAGGAAGUUAAUGUUGGGAAGCCCCUCAUUGCUAAAUUGGGCCUCCACCACAGAUUCAGAAAUAACUGUCUCCAGACCUGUUGUGUGGCUAAUAAUCUUUUUCACAGUCCAGCAGAAUCAAGCCCUGUGGUAACUAAAUACUACUUCCCUAGUCGCUGCCAACCAAAUUCCUGCCCAGGGGCUUACCAUCCAAACUGUACUUGCCCAGGCAGCACUGGACAUCUAGAGGCAUGUUCUUGCAACGGGACUUCAAGAAUGUUAGCUUCGAGACAUGAAGUCCAGAAUUACUCAUCCCCUGCAGAAAAGAGCAACGUGCCAAUAGAGACCACUGAUGAUACUGUUGAGCUGGAAUUCCUCCUGUCCGAUAGCCUCAGCUUAUCCAAGCAGCAGUAGCUGUGAUGUCUUCAGCAAAGAUCCUUUUUUCCGUUCUGAACAGGAGAUCCUCCACACUGCUUGCUCGAAUUCUGGACUUUGGAGAUUUGGGGAUACAGGGCCUGGGGGAUGUAGAGUUGGUAGUGGGAGUGAGGCUGUGUCUUGUGUCGGUUCAUAUUGCUCUCAGGGAAAAAAUUCCACAUCCGAGGAAGCAAAACUGGACUGAUAGAUUUAGGAAAGAAAAGGCAUAGUUUUUGGUUUUGGUCCUACCAUUCAAGAUUUGAAAAGUGGGGAGAAAAAAAUCCAAGCUCCUCAGAUUCCUACUGCAUGAUUCAGCAGACAAGAAAGUAAAGAACACAGGCAGUCGUGAGUCUCUGGGAGGAAGCUUCCCAUCUGUGUUAGAGAAUGCAUAGAAGCCAGGUUCUGGUGACAGAGUUUCUCUUGAAGGUAAAGCCUUGGAUCUUCCCAGCUGCUGCUUCUGUACCUACCAGGGUUAUAAGAUUUACUGUAAGUGAGUGCCUUUUAAAUAAAUAAACAGUUUUUAGAGAGGAAAUGCUUGUUCUCUGCAAACAAGCAAACAAAAAACAUGCCUCGCUGUCAGAGGAAAAAGAUGUCGAUAGACGUAAGCAGGGAACUGAUUUUCCAUUUUCUCUAUGAUUUAAUGUGAUUAAAGAAAUUCAUUAACCCCAAAAUGAUAAAUAAUACCUUUCCCUUCAGUUUUUCAGUAUCCAGAGGCUUUUUACAUACCGCAUUAGAACGAGGUUUUGUGUUUUAACAUGUUAGAACGACCUCCUGCUGGUUGUAUGAGGUGACACACAGAAAUCCAAAGCAGAGCUUUCACACAAGUGAACAAGUGUGGUGUUUUGAUGUUCUGGUGUUAGGGAUUGUCUCCUUCAAGCUUCAGUUUCUUUCCUUCCUUGUGUAUUUAUUAGGAUCAGUCCCUGACAUUUCAGCCUUCUGGAUCUGGCUCAUGAUCAGCUGUUACCGCACUCUGCAUUCUGCCCACGUCUCACAGAAAUCAGAUGUCAGGCUGUGCAAGGAAAACAAAACAAGGAUGGAAAGAGGAAUUGAGUAAAUAAACUAGCCAUUUAUUAUUUUGGGGGGGAGGGUACUGGAUUACAAAUAGUCAGAGGGAGAAAAGCUCACAGGUUGAUACCAGGGCGCAUUGUUCUUGUUGCGAUGCUCUUCCGUGAGCCACAAGGUUUUUGCUGAUUGCAUUUCUGCAAGGCUGGUCUUUUCCUGUCCUGGAAGAACACUAAAUGUGAGCUGAAAAAGUGCCUGUUCCUAGCGAGCAAAGUACUGCAUAAGUAACCAAGCAGCAAAAUGUGCUGAGAUACAAAAAUGAAUGGGUGAAAUGGCUGAGAGCUUUGGGCUCUCGGUUACAGGGCGGUGAGCCUGGAGAGAAGCCAUUGCUUCCUUGUGCUGAUUGAAACAAGCAAGCAAAACCCAAACAGCCUGCUCAGUUUUCCAGGCUGAAAGAACUCAUGUUCUUUCAAGCUGAGAAGAUAAAGAAGUCUAAGCCAAGAACCCAAGAUGGUGAUUCCAGCAUGUCCAAACGCAGCAAAUGAAGCUCCUCCACAGUGUGCAAGUGUGGGAUGCUGGCUUCGUGGCAGGGCCUGAGCUGUCGUGUAUUGCCCUGCAGCCUCCACAUGUGUGUGUUCCCUUUGGAGCUUAAUGAUGGAGUUCAGUUCUCUAGACCAGAUGUCAAAAAGAAGCUUCUAAGUCUCAUGGCCUCACGGUGUCACUAAGCAGAAGGCAGCUGGCCCUGUACUGAAAGGCAAGGGAGCUGCUCCCGUGUGGUCUGCUAUUCCUGCAUCCACCAAAGAGGGCAGAAGGAACCCUCUUCAGUGCUGAGGUUUUUUGAUCGGCACUCAGGAGAAGACGGUUCUGCUGCUGAACUAUUUUGCAUAUUCAGAUUCAGGUUUGCUCAAAAAAGACUUUAAUUUUUUUUUUUAUUAUUAUUAUUUUACUUUGCUGUGUGUAUCAGGAGUCACCAACAGCAGACCAGGCUGCCAGAGCCACAUCCAGCCUGGCCUUGAAUGCCUCCAGGGAUGAAGGCAUCCACAGCCUCCUUGGGCAACCUGUUCCAUCAUUAAAUAAUCUUUGUUUUCUUAGACAAAUUAAGUAGGUACCCUAAAAAAAAAGUUGAAUAUUCUCACUGAUGUAAUGGGCAAAGCAAUUUAAACCUUCAUUUGAGCACAGAGCCUUCCGUGGUCCCAGCAAUCCCAGCAGAGUGUGAGCAGCACUGCUGGCCAGGUCUGCUCAUCUCAUCUGUGCUGCCAGGUGGGUGUGCAUACCUGUAAAUUAACGUGGUCAUCUCCAAAACGACAGCUGUACUGAACUGAUCUGUAUAUGAGCUUCUGAUUUCUCCUUUGGAGAACAGGGAAAUAUUUAUUGAUGACUGAGAUGCACUGUGCAUUAAUUAUCCUAUGCAGUAUGCAGCUGGCCUAUAGGUUAAAAUUACAGCUCGAUGAAUGUCCCAGUACUGUAAUAUUAUUUGGUACUUUGUCACCAUUUUCUACUUUGUAUGAGAACUUUGUUUCUUACUCCUGAAAUAAACUGUUGCUCACAAGGUAUCUGUGCAGGUGCAGCUGCUGUUUUCUCCUGCUCCUAGUUCAAAAAAACAACACUGCAUUAGA